AGUUCGGCUCGCGUUCGGAUAUUUUACAUACGGGAUCAGCUGAGCUCGCGCUUCGCUCCUGCGAGCUGCCAGCGGCUCUGGGUCGGAGUGGCUCGGGUCGCCUCGCCGUCCGUCCGUCCGACUGUGUGUGUCGUCGGGCUCGGACAUCAUUUUAAACCCCUCUCGGCGCUUGGAAGGGACAAUUUUUCAAACUAAACCUGGAAGAACGUGACACGCAACUGGACUUCUCCUUGUUUACACCUCCGGUAGCGUUUACGUUUCUUCCGUUGGAGCGGAUGUUUUGGAGGUAGUUUGUCCGGUAAUUGGGUCCAUCGGCUCGGUUCGGAGUUCACCUGGACCGAAGUGGUUCGGGGAGACCUUUCCACCCACCCCCCCUCCGGUGAGAGGGUGAUACUAUGUCCAGACGAAAACAGACCAACCCCUUCAAAGUUGACUGGCCAUUCCACACUUUGGGCUUAUCUGGACUCCAGCACACCAUUAACAUGGACGGCAGGGAUGAAUUCACAGAGGACGGCGAAUGCUGCAACAACAACUCGCAGGAAGUCCAAGGACAGGAUAGCCUCACAGAAGACAGCGAUAGCGACCCUGACAACCACGGCGAAGACUUGUCCUCCAACGGCUCUGCUGACGACCACAUGACUGACAACAGAGCGCAGUGCCGCCUUCAAGGGGCGGGUGUCAAAGUGGAGAGCGACGAGGGGGCUGACCACAGCAACAACUUUGUCUGUCCUCUGUGCACGCUGGAUUUCAGCAGCCCUGAGAGACUCAUUUCACAUGUCUACCAGCAUACAAGCAUGAUGAGCAACAGCAAGAGCUACGUGUGCCCGGUGUGUGGGCGAGCCCUGAGUUCUCCUGGCUCGCUUGGACGGCAUCUUCUCAUCCACUCUGAGGACCGCCUCUCCAACUGCGCCGUCUGUGGCGCACGCUUCACAGACACCAACAACUUUAACAGGGAAAAGCUAAAAGAUGUCCUCGACACAAGCAGGAUGGACGUCACUGGUGGACGGGACUCCUGCUCCAUGUCCCAGUCCCUCUCCAGCAGCCCCAUGAGCAGCCCGGGCUCCAGCACGCACUCCUGCCACGGAGCGGGUCCCAGUCCCAGUUCCUGUCAGGGCCCGCCUCCCUGCCAGGCUCCCGAUCCGACAUCCACCCUCUGUCAGGCCCAUCGCUCCUGCCAGGCCUCCAGCCACAUCCCAAACCAGUGUCAAGGACCACGGCCGUGCCACGCGUUAAGCCCAGGUUGUGGACCGUGCUCGGGGUCCGAUCAAGGACCCACCUUUCCUUCUCUGUCCGACGGGCUCCUGUCCGAAGGCCCGUCGCUCGCGUCCAUCCCCGACGCCCUCAACUCCUCCUCUUCAGCCCUUCCUCCCAUUCCCGACAUCAUGAGCCCGAUGCCCGUCUACCCCGCCGGAGUCCUGCUGGUGUGCAACAGCUGUGUGGCGUACCAGCAGCUGGUGGAGGCGCAGUCUCCGAUGCGGAAGUGGGCGCUGCGUCGCAAGAAUGAGCCCCUGGAGGCUCGCCUGCAGCGCUUGGAGCGCGAACGCACCGCGAAGAAGAACAAGCGCGCCUGCGAGACGGACGAGGAGAGGGAGCUGAGGAGGCUGCGGGACCGCGAGGCCAAGCGCAUGCAGAGGAUGCAGGAGACGGAGGAGCAGAGGGCGCGGCGGCUGCAGAGAGACCGGGAGGCCAUGCGGCUAAAGAGGGCCAACGAGACUCCGGAGAAGAGGCAGGCCCGGCUGAUCCGCGAGAGGGAGGCCAAGCGGAUCAAGCGGCGGCUGGAGAAGAUCGACCCCGCCCUCAGGACACAGAUCGAGCACGAUCCCGCCGCGAUGGCCGCUCUCACAGCGGACAUGAGUCUCUUUCAGUUCCCCUGUCCCAUGCCGGUUCCUUCCAUAGAUAACGGUCUCUUCAUGAAGCUGCCAUGAUCCCUGGGGAUCCUCUAAAAACUCCCCCCAGUCUGUGCCGUCAGGUUCCCAUUACCACAGCGAACCAUUCCUGUCCUACUCUCCCCCGCUCCCCAAAGCCCUCUGUAUUCAUGCAAACUUCUUCAAUUUCUAAUUUAUUACAGUCUAUAAAACCUUGGAAACAGGGUUGAGAAUGUUUCUUAUUCUAAGAGCAUGCUGUAAAGAGAUUUAUCCGUGUUUCAGUGGACUCUCAGAGGUGAUAAUACAUUCUGGUGGGAGCAGUUAUUCUUGCUUCAACUGAAAAGAAAAAAAAUCAAAAAAUCAUUUGCACAUGGAUCCUGAGUGAGGGGAGUGUGGACCCUGUAGCUGCAGACCCUCCCGCCCCCCCCGGUCCUCCCAGCCCAGUAACUCAGACUCCGGUAGCUGCGCCUCUCUCUGUUUUCUAGCUGCUGCUGUGGAACAUUCAUGUCCAAACUACUACCUCAUCCGGCGCCGUGGACGGUCGCUCUCUGUCCUGUGGCUUACCAGCUCCAAGCCUCCAAAGCUACACACACACUAUACAAGACUACAGAAGACGCAGGUCGUUUCCCCACACUUUUAAGUUUUGAUAGUCCUCUUUAUGGCACUUUAAUAGGAAGCAUGCAUUCGUUUAUGAAUGUUUGUUCCUAUUGAGCUGCCAGGUGUCGAAAAGAAUUCCUAUGGACAUCUUCAUUCACGUCGUCUUUUUUUUUUUUUUUUUUUUUUUUUAAGCACUGUGUGUAAUUUGUUUGUUUGUUUUUUUAAACUCAGUCUCUGCUGCUGUUAUUGUACUGAACAUUACAUUAUGUACCUCUUAUAUAUUUUGGUCUCAUUACAGGGAAAAAGAAAACCCAACAUGUUACCUGUUGACCUCAUAUUUUGUCGCAUUACUUGAAUUCUGUCUACGAAGAACCAUUUGUGUUUUUUAUGCUAAUUAGUGAACAUGUUAGUAUUGUACAGAAAGUCGUGCUUGAUUUUAAUGUGCUUUGUGCAAUUCCUGUGGCAUUCACAUUCUCUGUGAGUCUGCAGUAUCUUAUGUUUUUAUUACCACUUACAUUUUUAUAUAUUUUCUUUUUUUACAUCCACAAGUCUGGAGAAAAAAAAAUCAUGUUAAGAGGUGAGAAUCAUUUACAGGUAUAUCUAAAUAAAAAAAAAUAGGAUGUCGUUUAAAUGUUAAUUUAUUUCAAUUAUCUAAUUCAAGAGUUGGAUUCAUGACAGAGUAAUAUAUUUCAAGUUUUCUAAAUCCUCUCAAACUUGUGGCUAUAAUUGCUGCUUCUUUUCUCCCACAUUUUUUCCUUCCACUCAAUUUUCCAUUAUUCUGAUAGAACACAGUUAUCAGCUACUUAACAAUCUUGUGUCUUGGUUAUCCAAAUUAAUUCAAAUAAAUGCUUGAUAAAACUCACUUAAAUAAAUGAAUUAUUCAGUAACAAUCCAGCUUAUUGAGAUAUACCUGUAUGAUGUUGUCCUCCCCUUUGUUAGCACAGAGGCUUGUUUAUUUCCAGGAUAUGUUUUUAUAUUACUGAUCCUCAUUCCAGCACAUAUUUAUGCAACAUGAUACUUUUGUUUUCUUGUAAAAGUGUUUGCCGUAUUUUGCUGGUAUAAUCUGUUUCAUAUUUGCGUUAGAGGCCCAGAGUGCAUCAUCCCCGCGUUGUUUUCAGUUACCUCCACUCCUCUUGAUUUCUCUAGACGCAAAACUUUCCACCGUCAGACGAGCAGUUUCAGUCUCUCCAAGUAGUGUUUCUGUUUGAGUCACACCUAGAAGAGCGUCGUCGUCCUGCCUAAAGAAAGCGUGAGAUGCUGAUCUGGGUCGGGACUUUUGGCUUUCCUAGGCGUGCAUCAAACUUCUAUGCAACAGAUUUAUUGUUUGUGAAGGAAAACGAUUUCAGUUGUCAAAGAAACUAUGCAGAACGCAGCUUCAAAAAUGUUUCAUCGAAAUUCAGAAUCAGACGCUCCGCUUUCUCAGAGCCCAGACCGUCGAGAUGCAUUUACCUUUUUUAACUCGUGUCAAAGAAAAACAUUUCAGUUUGAUCAGUAGAGGAAAUAAUCGCUAUUGUUCGCUGUACCAAUAACUGAUCGCAUCACGUUUGGGGGAGGAUACGUUGCACUGGUUUUAUUUUUCAAAGUUCAGCGCACUAAAGCAAGAAGGUCUCACUGCCAUCUCAUAGUGACGUUCUCUGCUGAAAGCGAAAGGCUUCAGGUUUUUGUCCCAGCCUAUGAAUGCUGGGUAUUCUCAGAGGCGACGCCGUCAGUCUGCUGUGAACCAGCAGCAGGACGACUGUGGACUCUGGGGCGUCACUUUGUCCUUUGGCUCACUUUGGGUUAGGUCAACACUGCAUGUCCCUGAAACUGCACUAGUACUAGAGUUGUUCAGUAUGAGCCUGUGUUCUGUUAGUUUAUGCCUGCUUUUUUUUCUUCUUUUUUUAAACAGUUUAAUUGAAAAAAAAAUGUUUUAAAUGUUGGCCUUUUGAUAUUAAUGCGAUCAGGAUUUUUCUCUCAAUGUCCAUGUUUACAAAAUCUGUAUUUCUGCAAAAGGCCAAAUGAAUGAGCUAAACUGCAACAACAUGCCUGGUUGUCAUAUCAAUGUAUUCUGACUGGAUGGCCCUUCAGGGACACCGUCCUCUUGUUACCAACUCAAACUAUGUACAGACCAUAAGGAAACCUGGUGAAGAAUGUGGAAAUAAACAUCAAGUUUAAUAUAAA